CGAAAGGUUGGUGGUUCGAGCCCACCCGGGGGCGCUAUAUUUUGCCAAUUUUUAAUUUCACAUUAUGGCAUUAUAAUCUGUGAAACCAAGAACAUUUGGCACUACGUCACUAUAUUUGAGAGGCCGUUUGGCGAUGUUACCAAGAUACUAAAAAUCGUGCAAUCGUUGUGAAUGUCCAUCCAUGCUACAACUUUUUAGUCAAUAGGACUGAGAUAUCGACCUAACUUCGGGAGGCCAAGGUUCUGGUAAAUAUUGUACAAAAUGGAGUCUGAGUUUGAAGAGGACGACCCCCAUUUCGCCUUUGGGGAUGAAUUCGAAGAAGAAAUGGACAAGUUUUGGCUGGACGAGAAGCCCGUGAGGCAGGAUGAGAUUGACAACUUGUUUGAAGAAGAGGAGGACUUUGAAGAAGGUGACGGGGAGGAGUGGGGGGUCGAGGGGCUGGAAAAUUUGGACGCUUCGGAACAGGAGGCAGUUGACCAAGUUAUGAACGAGGAAGAAGAUGAAGCUCUUCUGGCUGAAGAGGUCGCACUUUUGCAGGCGUUGCAGGAGGAGAAAGGCCCCGAAAAGUUGUUGUUGGACUCGACCAAUGUGGAUAAAUUAAUUAACAUGUUAUCCAGAGUGAGACUUGCCUGGCCUGAAAACCUCCCGGGAUACGACGCCACGGAAUACGCCACCGACCCAGAACGGGCCAAGUUUCCAUCCACAUUUUAUCAGAAUACGGACAAGGAGAAGACGGUGCUCUGGCAUGCUGAAAAUUUCCGUCGCCAAUUUCAAGCCCAGUUCCCUCGCCGCCGAGCCCUGGUCAUAGCUCCAAAAAACGAGUGCGGUACCCAAAAGCUUUUCCCAACCUUUAUAAACCCAUGUGUCCUGGGUUACCCAGAAUUCUUGGACGCCCUCACUUGCGCCGAGUUCUUCAAGGAGUUCUUCGCCCCAGAGUUAAUGGAACAUCCCACUCGAGCCCAUCCGGGGGCACGCUAUUUUUGCAUCUUUUUGAAACUAUCUCUUAAAUUAAUCCGCGAAAUAUUGUCCAAUAAGGUUGAAAUUAAAUUCUACGGAAGUUACAAGGAAAAAGAAACAAAAGUAUUUAGCUUCCGAUGCUGCACAUUUAUGUAUAUCUUUCUUAUACAAUUUUCAGAGACCAUAACUUGAUGAAAAUCAUGAGCUCCACCAUGAUAUCAAAAUAUCUGCAAUGCUAUAUUUACUAUACAUUCAUAUUUAUUUGGCUUCAAUCAUGCAAAAUUUCGGUGCUUUACAAGUUUUCCCCACAAAUCAAAGCAAUAAUGAUGAUUUAAAUGCUGCAUGAAUAAUACAAUUUUAAAUCUCCCCAAGUUCAAGGUUACACAAGGCGUUGAGUAUUAGCAUUAAAAACAUGAUGAUGAGGGGUAGUAAGUUACUUACGAUUAGUGGUGCGGUAUUGCAUUGUGUUAGUCAAAAGCGAUGUAUAGUGGGGGCAAAUCCACCAUCUUUUAACGCUACCCACCCACCCACACUUUAGUGCAAUGUAAGCAUACAUUCAUGCACUAGGAAUAUUAUUUUUUAUA